AUGCCUGUUUCCUUUUCUUUUGCCAGCUGCCCGUUCCUUGCCAGUCACCUCACCCUGGCCAUCCCCAUCAUUGCAGCCAUCCUCUUCUUCUUUGUCAUCAGCUGCCUGCUCCAGACAAGCUUCCGAGACCCAGGUAUCCUGCCCAGAGCCACUCCAAGUGAGGCCGCAGACCUGGAAAAGCGGAUUGACAGCAUGGGUACCUCUACGUACCGCCCGCCCGCCCGCACGAUGGAAGUCGUCAUAAACAAGUACGUGGUGAAGCUCAAGUACUGCUACACCUGCAAAAUGUUCCGCCCUCCGCGCACCUCUCACUGCAGCGUCUGCGACAACUGCGUCGAGAGGUUCGAUCACCACUGCCCCUGGGUGGGCAACUGCGUGGGGAAACGCAACUAUCGCUACUUCUAUGCCUUCAUCCUCUCCCUCUCCUUCCUGACAGCCUUCAUCUUCGCUUGCGUCGUCACCCACCUCACGCUGCGCUCCCAGAGAGAUGGAUUCCUCACCACUCUGAAGACCACACCUGCAAGUGUGCUGGAGUUGGUGAUUUGUUUUUUCUCAGUCUGGUCUAUUUUAGGCCUCUCAGGUUUUCACACUUACUUAGUCGCCUCCAACCUGACGACAAACGAAGACGUAAGUACCUGGACGCUUAUCCUUCCGCGGGGCCGCUCCUUCCUAAGCCGAG